AUGCAGUCCAAUGAUGGUGAGAAGCGGACGAGGAUGUCGAAGGCUGAAUGGAGUGGCGGAAAUGGUCGGCGUGCGGGCAAUGUGGCCGCUUGGCAGCCUCAGUUGCCCAUCCUGCGAUACCGUCCGCCGGGCCCCGCGGCGACCACUGUGCCGCUGAUGCCGCAGGCGCCGAUGAGCAUGGCUCCCAAGGGCCACGUGUACACGACAGCGCCGGAGCCGCAGUAUCCGCCGCACGCGCCGCACUUCGGGAUGCCCAUGCAACCGCCGCCGGUGUCCUAUGUGCCGCAGGUCUAUCCGCCGCCGAUGCCCAUCCAGAGCUUCCCGCUGGGCCCGGAAUGGGGUCCUCCGCUGCCGCGCCCCAAAGUCUCCUUCGCGGCCAUGUACGCGCCGCAGCCGUCGAGCGGCAACAACAAGAAUCACUGGGAAAGAGCCGCGCCCCAUGCCGUCGCCAUUGUGGAUCCGAACUCCAAGAAGGACAUCCGCAAGGAGCACAUCGAGAGCUUCCGCAAGAGCUCUCCCGACGCCUGCGAGAAGUGCGGCUCGGCGGCCGAAGAGGCCGCCAAAGCGGCCGCCAUUGCCAAGAGUCUCGAGGCGCCGGACGAGGCGAGUGAACUCCAAUUCCUUCAGGAAAGCGUGAUUUCCGCUGAGGACGAAACCAUCGCCAAGUGCGAUCUGGCGGACAUCACGUGCGACAGUCCGACAAACAUCAUUAGAGACAUUCCGACGGACAAGGAGACGCCAACUGAGCAACCUGACACAGGAUCUGAAGAUUUUUCCACUCCAUUGGAACUGACAUCGAGUGAGGGAACGACUGAGGAGUGUGUGGAAGAGGAGCUCGGAGUGGCGAGUGACAAUGCGUCAGUGGAGACAGGUGAGAGUCAGCAGGAGGAAUGCGCAAUUGCCAUUGCCCUGAAAAUGGGCGAUGAUGAGGAGGAGGAGGAGGAGGAGGAGGAGGAGGAAGAUGCGGAGGAGGAAAGAAGAAUCCUCGAAGUGCCCGCAGAGAUUAGCCGAAAGCAGUACACGCUGGAGAUCAUGCACAAGUUGAGGCACAAGAAGACUUAUGUGAAGCACAUAAUGGACCUGAAGAAGAAGUGUCCAUGUGUCAUUCGGAGCAUUGAUGUGAAGAGGACACAGAUUGUGAAUAAUCUGUUUCCACAUUAUGCACUGAAGAAUAAUGAAAAUGUCAUAAUCACAACGAGAUGCAAGAGGGAUCAACAUGGUGGAGGAAGUGCAGGGAGGAAAUUGUCACCGAAGCGAUGUGCUAAAUUGUCUGCUGUGAAAGCUCAAUCAGACGUAAUUCACGUGAGUUUAUCUAUGCAUGAGGAUGUGAAGUUGAAUGUGGUGGAGAAUGCAUGGAAGCCGUCUGUGUUUGCUAAGAAAAUGCCAAGUGAUGCCGAUGAGCGUGUGGAGACGGAGAAUUUACUGAAGUUGUUUCGGGGAAUUCUCAAUAAGAUCACACCGAAGAACUUCGGGGCGCUGCUGAUGCAGGUGAAGGAGUUGAAAAUCGAUACGAAGGAGAGACUGGACGCUGUGAUUGAUUUGGUGUUUGAGAAGGCUGUGACGGAGCCGAAAUUCAAGGAGUGCUACACGAAGCUCAGCAAGCAAAUCUCGAUGGUGUACAAACCGCCGCCGGAGUUGAUGGCAGAGCAGGCGAUGGAUUUCAGGCGGAUGUUGCUCAAUCGCGUCCAGCAUGAGUUUGGCACGUGUGUUGAGAUGUCAAAGAAGAGUGGCGCUGACUUUGACACAGAGACGGAUUAUGAUGUGAUGCGAAAGCGCGCCAUUGGAUCUGUUCAAUUUGUUGGGGAGCUUUUUAAUUUUCAACUGCUCGCGGUGAAAACGAUGAAAAGCUGCGCGCAGAGUCUCUUGAAAUGUGGCACAUUGAUGUCAAUAGAGCUCUUUUGCAAUCUGAUUACAACAAUUGGUUGCCAAAUGGAGAGGCAGGAGAAGAGUUCGGCACGAGUGCUGAUCCAGCGCGUGAAGGAUGUGGUCAAAACGGAGAAGAAGAAGUUUCCCAGUCGCAUAAAGUUCAUGGUUAUGGAUUUGGAUGAUCUGCAGAAGACGUGGAUUAAGGAGAUUAGCGCCAAUUCCACGAAAGAUACCAAAAAACCUAUGUAAUUUUCUUUUUUUUUCUCUCUUUAUGAAAUUUCACUAGUUAGUUUAGGAUAAAUUCAAAGAUACAUCAAAUCAUAAAGAAAUUUUCACGCACUUUGAUGUAAUACAUGAAAAUAAGCUUUAAUCAAACAUUCAAUGAUUACCUAAUGAAUAGUUUAUUGACUGAAAUGUUCUACUUGUAAUCGAAUGAUCUCUGGAAUAUAACUAACUAUUCUAAAACUACAAUAAACAAGUAAAA